UUGUGUUGGUAUGAUAGAAGUAACAAUGCUGUGUCUCCGUCAGUCAUAAGUUGAAUCUUCGGGUAGAAAAUAGUUUCUGAAAAUAUGACGGCGGGUAUCGGUGACCAGCUGGGAUGUACAACAGAUGUGCAGCCUACCAUUCAAUUUAACAAUUUAGUUAAUUAAAAAAAAAAACAGACGGCCAGUGCUCUAACAGUGGCUCUACUAUAAUGUAAUGUGAAUCGUGUUGAACUUCCGUAUGCAAAAAUGUAAAAAUAAAAAUAUUCAGUCGAUAGAUAAUAAUAAAGCCGAUGUGCAGUGUACCAACACCAAUCCACUCAUCUAAUUCGUUGUGUGGGACGUUACCUCCCACCCAAAUGGCUGAGGGUGGUAGAAGUAGAAAUGGACAUCACAUUGCUGACUCCAGCGACAAUGAAUUGGAAUCAUCUCCGAAAACGCAUACUUUGGAAAAAGCUAAAACGGAUAGAACACCAGUUACCAAGCCCGAAGAAGAUCGUCGUCGUCGUACCAUUAUUAUCGAAAAGAAAAAUGGUUCGUACGGGUUUACCAUUCAAAGCUAUGGCAUCCACUAUAAGAAGGAGCAAGAGGUGGAAAUGAUAACUUACGUUGACUUUGUCGAAUACGAUGGUCCUGCAUACAAAUCGGGUAUGCGUGAAGGGGACGUUAUACUAUCGAUAAAUGGAGCUGAUAUGGAAAAGGCAGAUCACAAGACAUUGGUGGCGUUUAUAAAAAACUGUGAUACUAGAAUGCGAAUGGUUGUAUUGUUCGAAGACUGUGUGCGUAAAGUCGAACUGCAUAUGCGCUACAUUCAAUUACAAAAUAUUCUCAAUGCAAAAAUGAACGAAUUAGAACGGACCUGUCUUCGGGAGCGUGAAAUCCUUGAAGGCAAAUGGAAAACACACAGUCUUCCCGCUCGUAAGAAAACCACAGCGUCGUCGUCAUCACCGACGGAUGGCAGUGAAAAUAUUGCAUCACCCAAUGAUUCCGAAGUACCAUAUUGUCGUCCCACACUUUCGACGGAAGACGUAAACAGUUCCAGAUCAAGCAAGCAACGCACUGCACCGCCAACGACGCAAUUUAUGUUGACCUAUCAAUAUUUGGAUCCACAUUGUCGUUACAUUUUGAGACCGUCUGCCGUAAAUAGUGGAGAAUACUUAGUUAUAGGUCAACCAUCCCGUAGUAAAAGCGAUCAUCAACAACUAAUAGGAAGCAAUUCGAGCUCGGAGCACAUUCACCAUCAAUUACCAGGCUAUCGUCAUCCACCACAAUAUAAUCAACAACAAAAUGCUACAUUACCUCCAGCACAUCAAAAUAAACCGCACACCGAGCAAAAAUCAUCGAAAUCGAGACAUUGUCAUGGCCAUUCAUGCAACCCGUGUGUCGGCCAGAAAAAAGACAAAACCAAUGGAGACAAUGUAAGCUUAGAUGCUUACGAUUUAGCUAGUCCUUGCUGUGAUCCUCAUUGUGUGCCAACGAGAAGGAAAAACCGACACCACAAAGAUCAUCACCAUAAACACAAGCAUCGAGAUAAAGAAACCAAAGAACGAACUCAACGGCCUAGAUCGCAGUCACAUGCAUCGCCAACUGCUCAUCCAGUUCACAACAACACAAAUCACAACGAAAAACAUACACACCGUCCUCGUUUCUAUGACAUCAGUGCAGGUUUAGCGUCACAUUGCAGCCUCCACUCAUGUACGUCCAGCGACAUAGGAAACGCAGCGGAACAAUCCAUGACGUCCUACAGCACGUCACUGAGUACCGAUACACUAUUUUGGGAUCCUCAUACCGACACACCUUGUAAUUCCCGUCAGCAAUCCACCAAAUCCAGGCAAUCGUACCAGCCACAUCAACAUUCCCAAAUGACACCACAACAGCAACAGCAAUUCAUUCAUCGAUAUCACAUUCAUGCCGCACAAAUUCAGCCAACAUCGUACAUGGGCUGUCCUGCACAGUACAUUACCAACAAACCCAAAUCCUGGGACAAUUUGGCGAUGAAAGGGUAUGGAGGUUACGGUUUCGGAUACGGAUAUUUGGACACAGUUGGCCCGAAAAAACAACAACAACAACAACAGCAACAACCCCAGCCAACAGCUAAACUACAACAUGACGAACUGAUCAAUCAACAAAGACAUUCGAUUCCGCGUAAGAAUCCAUACGGUCGCUACUCGACGUUGGACAUCGAAAAUUAUGCUCCGCCACCGUCACAGUUUGUGCAGGCAAUCACAACAACGACGAUAACCAAAUCGACCGAAAAUCUAAUUAGUCCGGCAUUCAAUCAAUCGGACAGCAAUUUGCAUUCGUCGUGCAUUGGCUGUAAGGAAAUUCAACACUUUCAUCAGCAUGACUGUCGUGGCUAUUAUUCGCAUUUGCCGAGAACCAGCACGACGAAUGUGACCACGGCGAAUGGUACGAAUGUGAUGAAUGGUAGAGGUGUGGCAACUGUAUCGGAGGUGACAAGACUCUAAAAGACAUUCGAAGGCGAAUUAAAGACUAUUUAAGUAAGUAAAAAA